AUGCCGAGCAAUGCCUGGGAUGAGGCGCGCAAUGCCGAAAUCGCCAUGCUUUUUGCGGUCAUCAAGAAUGAAGGCAAAGCCAACUUCACCACUGUAGCCUCUCAGCUUGGCGAGGGGUUUACAGAGGCUGGUCUGGCUGCACCGAUUCCAUUUUUCUUUGUCGACCCCGACCUCCGUACAUACACCACACCAACAUUCGACCAAAUCCUCAUACUUCGAUCUCUUCAUCCCCCCCCUGUCAUCAAGCCAUCCUCUAUCGAGGCUCUCAUCACUAUGCCCAAGACCUGGGAUGCGGCGCAGGAGCGUCUUCUACUCAUGACUGUCAUCUCAACUGUUGAUACUAAGCCGUCUUCUGAGCACUGGGCUCAGAUUGCUGGUGUUAUCGGCGACGGCCUAACUGCUUCUGCUGUCUCGCAGAAGUUCUACAAGUUGAAGAGAGAGUCGGAGAAGCUGCUGUCUGGUGACGGCGCUGCCGCUGCCCCCGCCCCUCCUGCCACUCCUGCCUCUGGCACCAAGGCCACCGACAAGACUCCGAAGUCCAGCAUCGGCAAGCGCAAGGGCCGUGCGUCUGCGGAUCCAGAGGCUGAUGAUGACAACGCCGCCACCGCUACCCCAUCCAAGAAGACCAAGAAGACCACCGCCGCCAAGAUCAAGAAGGAGAACAAGAAGGAUGAUGAGGUCAAGACUGAGGCUACUGAUGCUACCAAUGGCAACGGGGUUGAGGGUACUGCCAACGGCGCUGCUGAAGGAGAUGAAGUCGAGGCCAACAAGGUCGCUAACAAGAAUGGCAUCUGA